UUGUCAUUGACCAAUCGAGUGUAAGUUUAACAGCGCUAAAUUUAAAGGAUAGGAUGAGUGUUUAAUCACUAAUAGAUAAUUAAACAAAUUUUGACCAAACCAAUAUUUUAUGUAAUAUCAGUUUUUAAAUUGCUAUGAAAGGUUCAGUUGUGUUUUUGGACUAAAGACUUAAAAAUGAACUCGAAGGCAGCUCUUGCUAUUUUUACGGUCCUACUGGGAUGCGGACUUAAUAAUAUAUUUCUGGAGUAUAUUAUAAAAUUGGAUCCAGGAUGCGGACAUUUAAUAACAUUCUUGCAAUUUUUAUUCAUCGCCGUUCAUGGAUUUAUUUUCACACACAAGUUUGGCACCGUCAAACCGAAAAUUGCACUUAAAGAAUAUUUAAUUUUGGUUACAAUGUUUUUCGUCACUAGUGUUGUGAAUAAUUGGGCCUUUAACUUCAACAUACCUGUCCCGCUACAUAUGAUUUUUAGAGCUGGUUCCUUAAUAGCUAAUUUAAUAAUGGGCAAAUUUAUACUGAAAAAGAAGUAUCCUUUUGGGAAAUAUUUAUCUGUAGGAAUGAUAACUAUAGGUAUAAUCGUAUGUACAUACUAUUCAAGCCAAAAUUCUUCUGCCAAGAAAUGUAUUGACUGUGAUAUGACUGUAAAUACUAAUAAUACUCAAGCCCCUGAAGACCCUAAUUACUUUUUCUGGUGGGCAAUUGGGAUUGCACUUUUAACAUUCGCUCUUCUAUUAUCAGCUAGAAUGGGAAUUUAUCAGGAAUCCCUUUACACAAGACGAGGAAAACACCCCAGCGAAGCCUUAUAUUAUACGCAUUUAUACUCUUUACCUGGUUUUCUUUUGUACUCGAGCAGUAUCAUGGAGCACAUCGCGGUGGCCAAUGGCAGCGAGCCUUUUGAAAUACCGAUUUUAAAAUUCGCCUUGCCCCUCAUUUGGGUGUAUUUAGUUUUAAACGUUGUGACGCAAUACUUAUGUAUUAGUAGUGUUUAUGUUUUGACAACCGAGUGUUCGUCAUUGACGGUUACCUUGGUGAUUACUUUGAGAAAAUUUUUAUCUCUAAUAUUUUCCAUAGUUUAUUUCCAAAACCCAUUCACUUUUGCUCAUUGGCUUGGCACAGCUUUAGUCUUUGUUGGCACCCUAUUGUUUGCCGAAGUGCCAACCAGAGUGCUUUCAGGUUUAUCAAAGACAGAAAAAAGCAAGAAAAAAGAUUAAAAAAUAUUCGAGAUUUUGUUGUUUCUAGUCUAGUUACAGUAUUUAUAAAUUACUGCUAGAUAAUGCUCGUUUUUGUUAUUGCAUUUAAUAAAUAGUUUUAUAUGAAUA